UCGGCGCGGUUUUUGUUGCAAGAUGGCGCCUCAGGAGGCGUGAGAAAAAGGUAAAGAAAGAAACAGAAACGCUGCAGUGAACCGGAGAGAAAGCGCGGCUGCUGGAGGCGCGGGGGCUCCACGGUACUCCGCGUUACCCGGUGCGGUUACCGGUAGCCCGCCUGACCGGAGCGGGGGAGCGAAGCGGAGAGGCCUGUUCGGGCUUUUAGGCUUUUGAGGCUGGAGUCUUGAAUAACAGCAUGGAGGAUUCAGUGUCGUUUGAGGAGCUGGUGAGGCUGAAGGCACGCAGCAUCCCUCAGCACCGCAUGAAGGAGUUCCUGGACUCUUUGGCAAGUAAAGGACCUGAAGCACUGCAGGAGUUCGGUCAGGAUGAAGAAGGCAAUACGGUCAUCUACCAACAGGAGACAAACUGCAUCUACACCGACAGUGCAGAGGUGGCAGGCUCUUUGCUAGAGCUGGCCUGUCCGGUCCAGGUACAGGUGCAACAGCAACAGGAUGAAAUGUCUGUGCAGUCUGAGGUGAUGAUGGCGCAGAUCCCAGCAGCUGAUCAACAGUCUGUAGAGCAUCAGCCCAUACAAGUACAGGUACAGAUUCAGGAGCAGCAAACAGAGAUUGUGCAGGAUCCAUCUCAACAUGUUAUCCAGACAGGAGAGCUCACAGAAGAGCAACACCAACAGCUUCAGGCUCAGAUCAUAGCAGCAGUCGCAGGUGAACAGGAUAUCCAGAUCCAGACUGUGGAGACAGAGUGUGAGUCCCCAACUCAUCCCCAAAGCUCUCCUCAUGGGGAUGACACCAACCAAACCACCGCCACCCUCGCUGGUGUCCUCCAACCUGCUAAGAAACGGAAGGUGGACCUUCCCAUUACGGUCUCCUAUGCCAUCCCUGGCCAACAGCUAGCCACAGUAGUGACCAUUCCACAAGGCCAGCAAUCAGGCUACGUGUCGUUAAGGCCUGAUCUAGUAACAGUGGACAGCACUCAGUUAUACAGCACGACUGGCACACUUACCAGUCCCAACGGAGAGACGUGGACCAUCCCUGUGUACACAGCACCCUCCCAGCAAGGUGGCGUCACGCACAUCGCCGUGCCGCAGGAUGCUUUCGGCACCACUCAAACGUUUCACGUGGCAGCCCCCAUCGGCGCUGAGGACAAGGACAAGAACAGAACUGCCUCUGGUGUUUCGGUGGUUUCCAUGGCGCCUGGGGGUGGGGUCUGCGGGACACAGGAAGAGGUGGUACAAACGUUGUUUAUGAAUGGGAAUAUUCAUAUACCUCUUGCCGUGCAGACAGUUGCCGGAGUAACGGGCACAGGUAGCACACAGUCACUGCAUAUCUGGGACCCUCAGCAGCAGAUUGUGCAGACUCAAGUGGGCGAAGUUCUGGAGCAGCAAACACUGCAGGUGCAGCAGGCACAGGAUGUGCCUGAAAGUGAGGCGCUACUUGUCUCUCUAAAGCCGGAGGAGGGGCUUAUGGAGUGGAGACUAUGGGCUCAGAAGAAGAAUUCUGAACUGGAGACGGAGCAAAGGAACACACUUGCUCCUAUUGGCAGGCGGCAACAGUUGCGGUUUCAGGAGGACCUGCUGUCCAGUUCUGUAGCAGAGAUGAGUUUAGGCUUGUCGUUAAUGACGCAGGAGGCCAGAGGUUUAGAGGAGGAGACUUUGGAAGCUGAUAUGCUCUUCUAUAUCUUUCUCUGUAUACAAAAGUACAUGGAUGAUAAUGGUAGAGUAGACAACAUCUUCACAGACCGCUAUUAUCAUCGCUUCCACCAAUCACUGCACAAGAUAAUGGACUCAUGGCAACCCGCCAUCCAUCCUUUAGGUUACAUUAUCCCCAGUCAUGUGACUGAAGAGAUGUUAUGGGAAUGCAAACAACUGGGAGCUCAUUCGCCGUCCACACUUCUUACAACUUUAAUGUUCUACAAUACAAAGUAUUUCCACUUAAAAACAGUGGACCAGCACCUAAAGGUUGCAUUCACAAAAGUUUUACGACACAGUAAGAAGAACCCCUCCAACUCCAAAGACAGAAGCACAUGCAUUCGCUACCUAAAAGGAAUUGCAAAUUACCAGAUCGGCCAGAAAGUGACAGAUGACAUGUAUGUUGAGCAGGCAGAGCAGCCAGAGAACCCUCCACGCUGUCCUGUCAAACUUUAUGACUUGUACCUCUCUAAAUGUCCACCAAGCGACAAAGGAAGGAACGAUGUGUUCUAUUUGAAUCCAGAAUCCGUGUUUACCCACACCAGCCCUAUUUGGUACUCGACACAGUCGGUGUCGCGGGAGCAGCUGGAGCAAAUGCUCUCUCGCAUCCUUACCGUACGGGAGAUACAGGAGGCCUUCGCCUGCAAAACCGAAACUCUGUAACAAAGAGAUCACAUUCACAACCUUAUUCAUAACCAUAUUCAACAACACAUGCAGUGGAGAAUAUACAAUCUGGACUGUCAGUGUACACACACACACACUUACAUGGGCAUGGAAGUCUGUGUAUCUUUGCCAAAGUUCAGGAGAUAAAAGUUGCCAACUCCUGUCUAAUUUUUACUGAAGUUUUUAGUCAAUCCUUUGGAACGAAAUUUCCUUACACUUAUGUUGUCUUCCAUUGUGUGACGACUUAUCCCUCUUGUUUUCUUUCCUUUUCACAGAGCCUUAUUUCAUUCUCAAUCAUUUAUUAUCUUUCUUUUCCAUGUCAUGUCAUUUAAUGCUUUACACAGCAAACAAACUGUACAGACACUUUUUCUAUACCCAGAAGAGGAUGUGGACUAUGCUGGGUGCUGUCAAGUUCAGCCGAAGUGUAAUAUACCUUAUGUAGAUUGAUAUACAUAUAUGCAUAAACACAAUCUGUUUGAA